GCUUUACCUCUGACCCCCAUGUAUGCUACGAUCUACCGGGGACGUGGAGCAAACAAGACAAGUUUACGUGGCAGCGAUGUAACGUUACUUUAAACUUCCCUUUGCGUAGUUUUCAUUAGUCGAUUUUUGUAACGUUAGCAUAACGUGCCGAAUCGGACUGUUUUUGCAUGCAAGCCAACGUGAAUUUCUUGCUACAUAACGUUAGCUAUCUAUCCAGCAACUAAACGUUACCAUUUGACGUACGGUCGUCAAAGGCUUCUCAAUAAGUUUCGUUGGCUGUCAGCUUCCUAACGUUAACGCUACUUUUUGGUAUUUACUAAAGACCUGUUGGGUGAUGCCUUGGCUAAAUUAAGAUGUUCAGUCAAAGUCAAAUUCAGUGUAGUAUCAGCUAGUCCUAGCUAAAUUGUUGACAGCCACUGAGUCUGUAAGUUAGAUCUACGCUAGCAUCAGUUAACUUCAGUUAACGUUACGUUGCCUUCCCUCAACAAUGGCACCUAUGGGUAUCCGGCUGUCUCCUCUUGGAGUGGCUGUAUUUUGCUUGUUAGGGCUUGGUGUGAUCUAUCACCUUUAUGCAGGAGUGAUCUCAAGUCGAAUAAAUGCCUUUAGACAGAAGAAAAAUGUGGAUUUGCGCGAUUUAUUAGCUCUUUCGAUCGAAGCUGCUGUCGAAGGUGGACGUGAAGUAAAGAGAAUCCGUGAGGACAACGCUCUGGAGGAGAGAUCGAAGGGGAAAACUAAGGAGGGUGUCAGUGAAAAGCUCACAUUGGGAGAUUUGAAUUCCCAUCGAAAGAUGUUCUACCUCUUUAAAAACACCUAUCCAUUUCUGCAGGUGAAUUCAGAGGAGCAUGACGAAGUCAAGGAAAACCCUGCCGUGUGGUCCCGUGAAAUUCCACCAGAUGUCCAGCAGAAGAUCAAAGGAAGUAGAGAGGUGGCUGCAGAUAGGAUCACUGUUUGGAUUGAUCCCCUGGAUGCAACACAAGAGUACACAGAGAACCUCAAAAAGUAUGUGACAACAAUGGUCUGUGUGGCUGUGGAUGGCGAGCCUGUCAUUGGUGUUAUUCAUAAACCCUUUACAGGAUACACCGCGUGGGCCUUGGUUGGUGACGGGGCCAAUGUGCUCCCACGUUCGGAGUACAGCAUCAGUGCCCCCAAGGUCAUCGUGUCCCGCUCUCAUGCAGGCAAGGUGAAGGGCUUCAUCGAGGAAGCCUUUGGAAAUAGUACAGUCAUCAUCCCAGCAGGGGGAGCAGGUUACAAGGUGCUUGCACUUCUUGACCCUCCUGAUGAGGAGUACGAAGAGGCCGAUAUCUAUGUCCACAUCACUUUUAUCAAAAAGUGGGACAUCUGUGCAGGCAAUGCCAUUCUGAAAGCACUUGGUGGUCACAUGACCACUCUGAAAGGAGUAGAGAUUGACUACUCCGGGUCUGAGAGAAAUGACGGUGGACUGCUUGCUAGUGUCAAAGUGGACCAUAAGACGCUCGUGGAGCGGCUAUCUAGUAUUGACAAGGAGAAACACUAGAUAUUCUAAGCACACAAUUGGAUAAAAUGUCUGAUAAACUGAUGAAGCAACCACCAAACACUCUUGAGCUACCCAUACAUAUAAGUACUUUUGUAUAAUGAUAAUGUAACAUAGAGACUCUUCCCUACAUGAUCUACAUCUUCUGUAUAGAUUCUGUGAACUGCAAGGGUGAAAGAAAAUUAUUAAUGUUUUUUUUGUUUGUUUCUUUGUUUGUCUGUAUGUUUGCUAUGAUUGCGAGUGCCUUUGGCAUAAAAUGAUGGAAAGGGGUUCAACUGCAUUAGACUGGUACUUGAUAUUCACACAGAUGGAGAUGGUUGUAAAAUCUUGAGAACUCUGAGAAGUGUUUGUUUAAGCGAAGGCUAGUCAGUAGCAUUUGAUAAUAUUUGACCCUGUUGCGUUUGGGUCUUAAAACAUGACAAAUACAAUUAUCUGGACAUCUAUCUUCUGCCAAUGUCUGCUGAAGGAUAGCUGUAUCUUGGAAGUAGUGUUUUAUGUUACAGCUCUGAAUUAAAAAAAAAAAAAAAGCAGGAUUUGAAUAAUUUGGCAAUACUAACUCAGACUUCACAUCCAUACAAGGGUUUUACUUGUGGGUAUUUUUACCUAAUAUGAAAAUGAUUGGGGGAGAGACAUUAAGGCUACUUCCUUUAAAAUGUGUAGGGUGUUUACUUUCAUGCUAAAAUGUGCAGUUACAGAAUGGUGUCUUGGUGGGUGGUGCCUGACUACUGCGUUGGACCCUUGGUUUUUCAAGCUGUCUGUAAUUUCUCUCCCAACCCAUCUGCGACUGGAUGACUUUCAUGUUAUGCUGUAUGUAUGCUUUUUAGAUGUAGUACUCAAGUGAAAAAUACGUCUACCAACUAAACACAAAUUGAAGGAUACCUGUGCACAUCAAAACUAUUGAAGACCGCUUUAGAUAGACACUUUUCUCAUUAGCCUAGCAGGUACAGUGCUCUUACUGUUUCAAUAGUGGCUUCAGCAGCUUUCAGAAGAUUCAGUAUUUGUAAAUUAUUUCAAGCAAUGAUAAUAUAAUAUGUUUAAUAUAUUUGAUCCAUUGUUACAACGAUACAAUUAAAGUCUGUUAUUUGAUCAUUCUGUUAUCCGUAUACAUAAUAGGUCAAUCUGAUGUCACGGCACCUUUGAAAACAUAAACUCACUGUGAUGAUUAUGAUUUAACACUGUCAGGCUUUGUUUUUGGAGCAUUUUUGAACAGCUGUAUGUCUGCGUUGAAGCUGUGGUGAAUAUAUAGCCAUAUGUAUGUCUUCUGUGUGUUGUGUGCAUGAAAUAUGAUUGACAAAUCAGAGGAUGUAGUGUUUUCAGUUUUUGAUUAAAAAAUAUUUAAAUACUGCAUGAACUCUUUUAAAAAAAACAAAAAUCACAUGCCACCAACCAAUUAUUUUAGUAAACUAACCUGUCUUUAAUUGGCAGAUUUGUUAUUUUUGUGCAAGUACUUUAGUAAAGCCUUGUCAUGCCUUGAACAUCUCUGAAUGAAUUUCAGGCAUGUUGACACUAUUAGGCCAAGGAGUAGGAGUAUAGCCUGAUUUGUGGUACAAGAAAAUGAGCACAACAAAGAUUGUUAUUAUGAUCAUUCUCAAUUACCUUUUUGAUGAUGAUCGCGUUCUCUUUUACCUUUUUGUUAUGUGGAAGGUGAAUUAUAUUGUGGUAGAGUGUGAAGAUGGGUGGAACGAUGUCCUUGUCAGAUAUUGGCCCGCAGAUGCAUGUAGUUCUAAAACAGACAACGCCAGAAAGAAAAUCAUACUUUUGUGUUUUAAGAGCUUGUUUUGUAGGCCUACAUCUGGUGAAACUGAGCAUGCAAAUGGACAGCCAUUGAUUGAAUCAACCCAUAUAAAUUGUGCUGCUUUCUCUAUAGCCAUUCUGUGACUGUCACUGCACAGACUGUUGAAAAAGGAUGAGGAGGAGAUAGAAAAUUAACAUUCAAUUACCUAAAUAGCCUACUGCAGAGGCUGAAAAAGAUGAUGGAUAGAAGUACCAUUUUGUUCGCUUUCCUUUUGUAUGUCUUUAAUCGAUCUACGUGCCUCCAACAUUUUUCUUAGAUGAAUUGUGAAGCAGCUUGGAUAGGCACCACUGAUUUCGCACACAUUUUAUUCACCUCUUACAUCGUUCCAGAUACAUUCCAUUAAUGAGCCGCGAUGAAAUUCUCAACCUGUAAGAGCCAAUCUUAUGUUAAGAGCUUUCAUUAUUUGACUCAACAGUGUCCAUUGUGACUGCUUGAAUAAGAAUUCACAUGAUGAGAUGCUGGUGGAGGAAAUAUUAUAUGAAGUAUGCAUAUGAAAUAUGAAAAGUGAACUGAUUAACUUUUCCUGUCUCCUCGGUUAAUUUUUGGAAAUAUGUUGAUGAUGAUAUUGCGCAAUAUGAGGACUGUUGUGUACACAAUUAAUCUAGGAUUCACUUUACUGUGCAGUGUUCCAAGAAAUUCUAUUCAAGGAUAUUUCACAUCUCCAGAGCAAACUAGCUUCUCUGUUCAGUUUAUUAUAGCCACAUAUAGCAAUUAAACUCACAAGGCAGGACACCAAUACAAUACAGUAUACUGUAAUAACUGUGAGGUUAUUUUUAGGGAUUUUUUUUGUUGUCAGCCGACCUGCUUUAACCAGUAAUUGUACAUUAGACUCUAGAAUUAAUCUACAGGUAGAUGUCUCAUAGUACACUUUACACACCUCACAAAGAUUAAAUAUGACCUUUGUUUGAUAUCAACUCCAGUCUGGUGAUCAUUUUUUUGUGUACAACCCUAAAAAAAUGUAAUGUUUAAAUAAACAAAACGUUUAAAUCA